UGGUUUUAUAAUUGAGAUUACUGUAAACCAUAAAUUAAUAGUGGGAACAUGUUCCUGGAGUGAUGUCUCCUGGUGUACUGAGUGCAACUUAUGGAAUGGUAUAAAUGGCACACUGGGAACUUCAUUCAACAGAUUACUCUCAAUUUCUGCCAGACAGACACAACCUGAGAUUUCAAAAAUCGCUACAGUCAUCAUCAUGAAGGUUUGGAUUGUAUGUGUGCUGCUGUGUGCUGCCUUUACACUGAGAACUGCCACAGCUGCAGCAAUUGAGACUGAACCUGUGCAGGAUCAGUUACUUCCAGGGGAACAGGCUGUUGAGGAGUUGAACGAUGCAGUUGAAGAUAAGGAGGAAGCUCUCAAAGUAGAUGCUGCUGCUGAAGUUAAGUUGGGCUACUGUCCACCUGGAUGGCUUAAAUAUGAAUCCCGCUGCUUUCGACUCAUGAGGUCAGGUCUGUCCUGGCUCAAUGCUGAGGCAAAGUGUGUAACUGAAGGUGCAAGCCUGGCAUCUGUACACAACCUUGGGGAACAUAGAUUCCUGCAGAGUUUCCUUGAAAUGUCUGGUCUAUCACAGGCUUGGAUUGGUGCUUACAACUUUCAGGGAACAUGGCUGUGGGUUGACACAGCUCGGUUCUACUACACUAACUGGUACUCACUGAACAGUGUGUCCAGCUACCCAUGUGCUUACAUGAGGAACAGUGAUGGCUGGUCUAACGCUAACUGUGGAAGUGGAUAUGCAUACUUCUGUGCUAUUGACCUAAAUUCAUGUUAAAGGACAUAGAUGACUAAUUGUCCAUCAUUUUGAAGCUGAUAUGAUUAUGAACAAAAUUAUUUGUUAUUUGUUUUGAGAACACUGUCUAAUGAACACUGUUUAUGUCACUUAAUUAAAAUAUAAUUAAAAUAAUAAAAGAAUUAUCCUACUCUCAAUACUCAUAUAAUAAUAUUUUUGUGUAAAAUGGAAAGAGCUCUUAAUGAUCCUUAUAUUUCCACACUGGAAAAAUAUUUAGCCGAAAUAUACAGACAUUUAGCCUGAACCCGUUAGGAGGGAAAGUGUGCAAAGCUAGGAAUUCGAGUUAGAAUUAGACACGGUACUAUCAGAGGUUACAGGUUACUACCACAGGUUAUUUAGUAUUUCUUUAACAGGCAAUAAAUCAGAAACAGUUGACUGAUUAAUUCAAAAACAUUUCAGUUUGUCUACUUUCUAUACAUACCCAUAACCUGAUUACUGAGCUACAUGAUUAUUGCCACCACUACCACUACACAUUUUCAUUACCCCAGCUUGAAAUUUAGUAUACUUAUAGAGUCAACAGCAACACUCACCAAAUAUAUAAACCCAAUAAAGAAUAUGUUUACUGUA